AUGAUUCACCAUACACCUCGCCGUGGCCUCCGUUUCCAGCCAGGAGCAGGCAGCCAGCCUGAGGGUACUCCGAGAUGUCUGGCAAUCACAUCGCCGCCUAACACAGAUUCUCUAGACACAGGCGUUCAAGAUAACUCGACUACGACCACUUUCACUAUGUCGUCCAGUGCCAUUACGUCAACCGCCGUCGACAUUUUGCCGUCGAACACAUAUUUGCCUGCUACUAUUGAUACUAUAUCGUCAAUUACUUAUACAACAGCGGCUCAUGACAUUCCGCUUACUACUACUACGCCAGUAUUACUGCCUGAUACGUCUCCCAUUACUUAUAUGCCACUUGUGACUGGCAUGACGUCGUCUGACAUGUCACCAGCGCCGCCUGACAUGCCACUGGCUACUGGUGCAUCGGACAAUAUGUACACCAGAUCAAUAACGACCGAUUAUUCGCCUUUCAUGUGCACCUCAGCCAAUACGUGCGUUCCGCCGCCCUAUAGUCACGCGUCUGCAGUACCGCCUGCGCCAACGUCCGUCGCUUAUAAGCCAGCCGCGCCGAGCAUUAUGGCGCUUUAUGGUUAUUCUCCUGCAACAUCCGCGCCAUUCAAUACCCAUGCGCCAAUAGUGGCGACCAACAUGUCAGCUAGCACAAACUUUCCGCCGUGCGAUAGUCACACGCCUGCAGUACCACCUGGACCGCCGUCUACAGUGUAUAUGACAGUUCCAUUUAGUGGUGCGAUGUCUUAUGGUCAGGGUCCAGCCGCCACGUUCGUACCCUCAAAUACUCACGCGCCAAUGGAGGCGCCCGUCAUGUCUUGUAGUUGUAUUCCAGCAGUACCGCCCGGUCCUUCGCGCUAUGUCUAUAUGCCAGCCAUCAAGCCCUAUCCGCCGUCCAGUAUACCGGCACCAACGGCAGUACCCGCCGCACCGCCAAUAACUUGUUCGCCAGUUACGGAUGCUUAUAAGCCAAUUAUUUCCAGUACCCUGCCGCCAUCGUCUUAUGGGCAUACAGCAUCGAGCGCUAUUCCUUACAGUGCGCAUAUGCCAUCGCAAGCCGUCGCCUCGCUACCUUCCGCAUACGCGCCAACGAUCGCCACAGACAACUACUCUGUAUCCGCUCUACAACAGCAGAUUACUGAGCUGCAACAACAACUGGCAGGAGUUGUAGAGCGACGGCAAGCUACGUCCGCGACGCCGCAUCACACCUUACCGCCGCAGCAGCUUAACAUGAUCCCCGGCCAAAACAUGAUGAUGUUAACGCCUAGACAAGUUCGUGAUUUACCCGAGUUUUCUGGACAGCCAGAAGACUGGCCAGUAUUCUAUGCAGCUUAUACAGAAUCGACUGCCGUUUAUGGAUACUCAAACUUUGACAACAACCAGCGACUAAAUAAAUGCCUUAAAGGUGCCGCACGAGAUGCCGUCAAAGCGUUAUUAAUUCAACCAAAUAACGUCAGUGCCGUUAUGGAACAACUUCGUUUCCGAUUCGGACGACCAGAGCAACUGAUACGUAGCCAAAUGAAGCAGGUCCGAGAUACGCCAAACGUGCCAGAGGGAGCAACUGGGAAAAUCGUGCAAUUUGCUACCUUCACUAACAAUCUGACAAUAUUUCUGCAAUCAAUGGGGGAAGAGAGACAUUUAGCGAACCCUACUCUCCUCGAGGAGCUCGUGUCGAAGCUUCCUCUUACGAGACGCCUGGAAUGGGCACGUUAUGCGGUUACUGUAAGGCCAUACCCAACCAUCGUAAGCUUCAACUCAUGGUUGACCGAUGUUUCAAAUUAUGUCCAGAUAGUCAUGGAGCCCGAGGUUCAGGAUACGAAACGCCGUGCGGUAUUACACACCGCAACUGAUGAGCAACCCAAAUGCUCAUUAUGCCAAGACGAACACAACGUCUCGGAAUGUCAACGAUUUAAAGAUGCCUCUAUUUUAGAGAGGUGGAAUAAGGCCAAACAGCUUCGACUCUGCUUCAGUUGUUUAAAAACCGGGCAUGCUACUCGAGAAUGUCGCCGCCGUAAGGCAUGUGGAUGUCUGAGAAACCACCAUCAAUUAUUGCAUAGCACCGAGGCAUCUCCUCCGACUCGAUCAGUCGCCUCAAGGGAUUCCACUGAGUCAACUCGCAAGCCAAUAGUAACGUCACCCGAGGUGAAAAACAAUAAUCCGGUAUUGAAUUGCUCGUCCGCGCUCAACAACGACAUACUCUUCCGAGUGCUGCCAGUCACUCUAUAUGGUCCCAAAAAGAGUGUUAAUACAUAUGCACUUCUGGACGAAGGGUCAUCAAUUACUAUGAUGGACUACGCGGUGAUGGAAGACCUGGGCGUUAGCGGUCAGUGCCAGGACGUAGACAUUCAAUGGUUUGGCGGGAAGGCCGCCAGGCAAGCGGUUGCCAUAGUCGAUAUCGAGGUCAGCGGAGUGGGAAUGAAGAAACGCCAUACGCUUCGCAACGUGCACGGGAUUUCCAACCUUAUGUUACCUACACAAACGCUCCGCGAACGUGACAUUCCUGACGUUGCACGCAAUAGAGGGAAAUUACCGAUGCAGCCGUAUAAAGAUGUCGCGCCUUCUGUGCUGAUUGGGCUCGAUCAUAGUCAUCUCGGUCUGCCCACACAUUUAAUGAGUUCCAAAUGUCUGGGUCCAUAUGCCGCUCACACCGAACUAGGUUGGGUUGUAUUCGGGCCAGUGGAAAGGCAGACAAAAGAACCGGUUUGUUUACAUACCAGAUGUAUUCCUGAUCCGCCGUUGCACGAUAUGGUGUCUGAAUAUUUCUCUACCGAGUCUUUCGGGGUAAAACCUUUGCCACUUGUUGAAAGUGCAGACGAAGUGCGUGCACGACGAAUCUUAGAAGAGACUACCGUUAGGGUUGGCAAUCGGUUUCAGACAGGGCUUCUGUGGAAGGCCGAUGGAAUCGUGUUGCCGGAAAGUUACGACAUGGCAAUGCAUCGUCUGGUUGGUAUUGAGCGGAAGAUGAAAAGGAAUCCAGAGUUUGCUGAAUCGUAUAAUAACAUCAUCCGGAGCUACGUUGUUAAGGGAUACGCUCGUAAGCUGUCGCCACAGGAAAGUGCUCAGACGAGUCCGAGGACAUGGUAUCUUCCGCACUUUGCCGUAAGUAACCCAAACAAGCCGGGGAAGAUACGCCUGGUAUUCGACGCCGCCGCAACGGUAAAUGGAGUGUCACUUAACUCCUGCCUUCUAAAGGGCCCGCAACAGUGUCGGCCAUUAGCGUCAGUGCUAUUUCAUUUUCGAGAGGGCCCAGUAGGAGUCUGCGCAGAUAUCAAGGAAAUGUUCCAUCAAGUUGUCAUUCGUCCGGACGACAGAAGCGCCCAACGAUUUCUCUGGAGAGGCGGAGAUUCUGAGAGGAUCCCAGAUAUAUACGAAAUGACAGCAAUGACUUUUGGAGCGGCCUGCUCACCAAGUUCGGCUCAUUUCGUUAAGAAUAUUAACGCGUUAGACCACAAGCAUUACGAUCCUCGUGCCAUUAAAGCUAUCACUGACCAUCAUUACGUCGACGACUUUGUCGAUAGCUUCGAGGAUUGCGAGCAGGCCAUCAACGUGUCAAGACAGGUUCAUCAUAUUCACAAAGAUGCCGGAUUCGAACUUCAUAAAUUCGUAUCGAAUUCGCCAGCAGUCGUCAAGGAAUUCGGUGGUAGUUACAAUGAACUAUCCAUUCAAUGCAAAGACAGCCCAGGAUCAGAGAAG